CUGCGAACAAAGCGAAUACAACAGAAGGUGAAUGGCAUUGACACGAACAUUUUUGAACAUUGUGUGCAACUCUACACCUUGCCGCCAACAAGUACAAUUUCUCUGGAAGAAUUUGAGGAGCUGGCAGUAGAACGUCUGAAAGUAUUGAGGGCAGUUGAAACAGUUGGAGUGCGAUGUUCUCGAGGUUCGCAGGAUUACAAAACUCUUCUGGAGAAAGAAAUAAAAAACAGCAAGUUGAAGAGGUCUAUUUUGAAAAAUCUGUACUAGAUGAAGAUGAAAAACAACUUCUCAGAUGGCGUGACAAUGUCUCUCAUUUCAUUCUUCGUCUAGCCUAUUGCAGAUCAGAGGAACUCAGACGAUGGUUCAUACAACAAGAAAUCGAUUUAUUUCGCUUUCGUUUUCAACAAGAAUCCGCAGAAAGUCGAGCAAGGUUCCUGGAGAUAAAUAACCUUGGCUACAAACCUAUUGAUACAGAAGAGCAGAAAGAAGUUCUUGUAAACUUGCAAGAUUCUGAGGGCAAAGAAGCUUUAGCCAUAGAGAAUGUUCAGCACUACAAGGUCCCUUUUACUGAAGCUCUAGACCUAGUCAGAAGUCGUAGAGUUUAUGUGCACCAUGGCUUUGCAUAUGUACCACAAGACGAUUUGGUUUCCAUUCUUCUGACGUUGUUUCGAAUGCAACUUUCACACAGUCUAGCAGUAACCUACAGAGCUUUGCCUCACCUGGAAGAAGAUGGGAGGUUAUUACCAAUGUUGUGUCUCAGUCGUCGUUACAUUGGGCAGGACUACGCAAGCAAGAAACCAGUUGGCGAAAUCACAGCUGACAUGAUUGAUUUGCUGUCCAAGACUUCAUUCCCACUUUGCAUGCAGCAAUUACAUUCAGCUUUUCGUUCAAACCACCACUUGCGACAUGGUGGCCGCAUGCAGUAUGGACUUUUCUUGAAGGGCAUUGGCUUGUCAUUGGAAGAGGCCAUACGGUUCUGGAAAUCAGAGUUCACCAAAAUCAUGGAUGGAGACAAGUUUGACAAGCAGUAUUCAUAUAGCAUCCGCCACUACUAUGGUAAAGAGGGAAGAAAGGCAGAUUACACACCAUACAGUUGCAUCAAGAUCAUUACGACCAAUACCCCAGGAGUUGGUGACUUUCAUGGUUGCCCAUUCAAGCAUUCAGAUCCUGAUGUUCUUCGGCAAAAGCUUGCUGGUCAAGGGUUAAAGCAGGAAGGUGUUGAUCAGGUGAUGCAGUUUGUGAAGGGGGGCCAUUAUCAGGUGGCCUGUGCCCGAGUGUUUGAGCUGAUUCAUGGGUCACUGUCUGGAGGACUUAUAGAUGUGGAGGUCAGCUUUCAGCAUCCAAACCAAUAUUUUGAAGAAAGCUACAAACGACUUCACAAAGAUAAAAUCAACAGUAAUACUCCACAAGCACCACGCGCUGUUCAGAUUGUGCCACCACCUUCUAAAGACAGGCAGUCUGACACUGUUACAAAUCUCAAAUCAAAUUCCCAAGAUGUCACAGCACCAGCUGCUUCAACAGCCAGUGAUCCACAUGAAGAGGAUGAUUUUGAUGAGCUAGAUGAGACUGUUUUGCUAGAUGAGGCAGAAUGAACUGUCUGUAAAGAAGAUGAAUAAAUGGGUCCUGUGGUUGUUGUUUUUUUUUUUCUUUGAAAUAUUUAAUCAUUGUGUAUUUAUUUUAACUGAAUUUCUUUUCAAUGUGUGCACAAAGCACACUAGAAGAGGGUGAUUUAUUUUGUUAAUGGAAGAUUGGAUUGUCAGUUAUAAUAACUUGCAGAUAUGAUAUCUUUGCUAAAUGAGGUGCUUAUGUUCAGAUACAACCAUUUUUGCAAGUUGAUAACCUAACAAAUAUUUUAAAAAUUGAAUAUAAAUUGUCAUUACUUCCUUGCCGUUCUAUUUUCCCGUCUAGUGUGUAAAUCCUUAAGAAAAUCAAGUACAAAAUUAUAUUUGUAGAGUUUACAUUGUUUAAAUGUGAUUAAGGGAGAGAAUACAAGAGUGCUUAUAUAAUUAAGCAACAGUGACUUCCCUUUGUCAGUUGAUUUGUCCUGGUGAGUAGUGCGGCUGUACUCUGUGGUCAUGGCACUGCAACCAGAGUUUUGAAGGAGACAAGUAGGAUUCAGUGGUUUUAUUGGAUCAAUUAAACCUUGUAUCUGUGUAAUUGUACUUCUUUAUCAUGAGAAAUUUGACUGUGUGAGCCAAGAGGGUAUACUUAAUAAUGACAAAAUUUGUGUCGAGUAUUUUGCCUUUACGCAAGAAAAUAGGUUUGAGAAACUAUGCAAUAAAUUGGGUGUCAUGCCAACCAUA